AUGCUCUUUAAUACGAGCUGGGUAUUGUGUGGAAUUCAGCGCCCAUCACCGUUUAGCAGGAGAGUUAUGGCAGUGAUUGGGGAUGAAUAGAGGAACAUAAUGGAUACAUGUGGCGUUUGCUCAUUAUAUUCAAGUUAGCCCAACUCCGCUGUGGAAACUGUUCAACUUUCUCUCCCCUUAGCUUGUCACAGUUAAAUAAUACAGACAUUGGGGCCUCCAAUGGGAUCGCCUGCCACGCCAUUCUAUUUCCACUACUAACGAGGGCUUCAUAAGCCUUUGAUACAGUCUGAUCUUUGAAACCUUUCCAAAUCUCCUGAAGCUUAUGCUAAAUCCUAUUUGGAACUUUUUUUUUUCCUUGCCUGCUAGCGCCCAGGGCUUAAGAAAGCCAUUUGGACAGUGACAUGCAUACUAACACGUCUCAGAUCUCUUUUCUGAAAAGAAAGGGGCAGCUCCGAUCACCGGGGCUCACACGAGCAAAACACAAUUGCGUACACAAAUUUGAAUAAAAUCAAUUUCCCCUUAUUCUUCGAGCUCCUCAAUCUAGAGGCUAUUUCCGAGCGUCGUGGGAAGUUGGGAAAGAAGGUGAACUGAGCCUCAGCCGGCAGAGCAAGUCUGAAGAGAGAGGGGGAGCCGCGAACGAUUUCAAACCCUCUGGGGUGAAAAAAAAAAAAUACAGAGUGGGUGUGGGGUCUCAAGCCACGAGGGCGAAAUCCCAGUGCGAUUGCUCUCUGUUCAAGCGGCCGGUACAGGAGGGCACAACUAACAGAACCAUCCGCUCCUGUAACGCCGGCGACCUGUGCCAACUCCUCUGCACGCAGAGCGCUGACGGGAGAUGAAAAAAGCCAAAGGAGUUAAAGAAACAAAGGAAAAGAUUCUCUAUUUUCCCUUUCUUGUUUUCCCCUCUAAGCCCCUCCGCGGUAAAGGGAUCUUCAGGGGCUGGCGUAGCGGCGGCGCUAGAGCCAGGCCGCCAUUGGCUGCCCAGCUCGGGUGAUUUGCAUUUCGGCGGCUAUAAAAACGGAGGCGGCUCACAGCCGUGCAGCUCCAGCCCGAAGAGGGAAGGGGAAGGUGCUGAGUGUGGGCGGGAUCCACGCGUCCUCCGAGCCCGCCGGAGCCUCUGAGCUGCAGCCUGCAGACUUCUCCUGCACACGGCUCGCAAAAAAAGCGUGCACUCGGGAGCUUGGGGCUCACGCCUGGACCUGCAAACCACAGAGGAAAUCGCUCGCUCAGCGUUUUGGAAUAGCGCUUGGAGCUGGCGGCAUGAGUCCAGCCAGGCGCGGGGGCAGCCCCUGCCUUUUCCCCUUGCAGCUCUUCAGCCUCUGCUGGGUGCUCUCGGUGGCCCAGAGCAAGACUGUGAGAUACAGCACCUUCGAGGAGGAUGCCCCCGGCACGGUCAUCGGGACCCUGGCCGAAGACCUGCAUAUGAAAGUGUCCGGAGACACAAGCUUCCGCCUGAUGAAGCAGUUCAACAGCUCGCUGAUCCGAGUGCGCGAGGGCGACGGGCAGCUGACCGUCGGGGACGCGGGCCUGGACCGAGAGCGGCUGUGCGGCCAGGCCCCUCAGUGCGUGCUGGCCUUCGACGUGGUCAGCUUCUCCCAGGAGCAGUUCCGGCUGGUGCACGUGGAGGUGUCGGUGAGGGACAUCAACGACCAUGCUCCGCGCUUCCCCCGGGCCCAGAUUCCCGUGGAGGUGUCCGAGGGCGCGGCUGUGGGCACGCGCAUCCCCCUGGAGGUGCCCGUGGACGAGGACGUGGGCGCCAACGGGCUGCAAAGCGUGCGCCUGGCAGAGCCCCACAGCCCCUUCCGCGUGGAGCUGCAGACGCGCGCGGACGGUGCCCAGUGCGCCGACUUGGUGCUGCUGCAGGAGCUGGACCGCGAGAGCCAGGCCACUUACAGCCUGGGGCUGGUGGCCCAGGACGGCGGCCGCCCGCCGCGCUCCGCCACGGCCGCCCUCAGCGUGCGCGUGCUGGACGCCAACGACCACAGCCCGGCCUUCCCGCAGGGUGCCGUGGCGGAAGUGGAGCUGGCUGAGGACGCGCCGGUGGGCUCGCUCCUGCUAGACCUGGACGCGGCGGACCCCGACGAGGGCCCCAACGGCGACGUGGUGUUCGCCUUCGGGGCCCGCACCCCGCCCGAGGCGCGCCGCCUCUUCCGCCUGGACCCGCGCUCCGGCCGCCUCACCCUGGCGGGGCCCGUGGACUACGAGCGCCAGGACACUUACGAACUGGACGUGCGGGCGCAGGACCGCGGCCCCGGGCCCCGCGCCGCCACCUGCAAGGUUAUCGUGCGCCUGCGCGACGUCAAUGACAACGCUCCGGACAUCUCCAUCACCCCGCUGGCCGCCCCGGGCGCGCCUGCUGCCUCGCCCUUCCCCGCCGCCGCCGCCGCUCUUGGGGGAGCGGAGGCCACCUCGUCGACCGGGCCUGGGACGCCGGAGGCGGGCGCCGUCUCGCUGGUGCCGGAGGGGGCGGCGCGCGAGAGCCUGGUGGCGCUGGUCAGCACCUCGGACAGGGACUCGGGAGCCAACGGGCAGGUGCGUUGCGCCCUCUACGGGCACGAGCACUUCCGGCUGCAGCCGGCCUACGCAGGCAGCUACCUGGUGGUGACCGCGGCGUCCCUGGACCGCGAGCGCAUCUCCGAGUACAACCUGACGCUGGUGGCCGAGGACCGCGGCGCGCCCCCGCUGCGCACAGUGCGGCCCUACACGGUGCGCGUGGGCGACGAGAACGACAACGCGCCGCUCUUCACACGGCCAGUCUAUGAGGUGUCAGUGCGCGAGAACAACCCGCCCGGGGCCUACUUGGCCACGGUGGCCGCCAGGGACCCGGACCUGGGCCGCAACGGCCAGGUCACCUACCGGCUGCUGGAGGCCGAGGUGGGCCGGGCUGGGGGCGCCGUGUCCACCUACGUCUCCGUGGACCCAGCGACAGGGGCCAUCUACGCGCUGCGCAGCUUCGACUACGAGACGCUUCGCCAGCUCGACGUGCGCAUCCAGGCGAGCGACGGGGGCUCCCCUCAGCUCUCCAGCAGUGCCCUGGUGCAAGUGCGGGUGCUGGACCAGAACGACCACGCCCCGAUCCUGGUGCACCCGGCGCCCGCCAACGGUUCCCUGGAAGUGGCGGUCCCCGGGCGCACAGCGAAGGACACGGCGGUGGCGCGCGUGCAGGCCCGGGACGCAGACGAGGGUGCCAACGGGGAGCUGGCUUUCGACCUGCUGCAGCAGGAGCCGCGAGAAGCCUUCGCCAUCGGCCGCCGCACCGGGGAGAUCGUGCUCACCGGCGACCUCUCUCAGGAGCCGCCCGGCCGAGUCUUCCGGGCGCUGCUGGUCAUAUCCGACGGCGGUCGCCCCCCACUCUCCACCACCGCCACCGUCAGCUUCGUGGUGACGGCGGGCGGCGGACGCGGGCUGGCGUCGCCGGCAGGCGCGGGGAACCCGGAGCGCUCUCGCCCGCCCGGCUCGCGGCUCGCGACGUCGGGGCCGGCGCUGCAGUGGGACACGCCGCUGAUCAUCAUCAUCGUGCUGGCCGGGAGCUGCACGUUGCUGCUGGCCGCCAUCAUCGCCAUCGCCACCACCUGCAACCGCCGCAAGAAGGAGGUGCGCAAAGGGGGGCCCCGCCGGGAAGAGCGGCCCGGGGCGGCGGGCGGCGUAGCCUCGGCUCCCGGCUCCCCGGAGGAGGCCGCUCGGGGAGCCGGGCCCAGGCCCAACAUGUUCGACGUGCUCACCUUCCCUGGCAGCGGCAAAGCGCCCUUUGGCAGCCCCGCGGCCGACGCGCCCCCGCCCGCGGUCGCCGCCGCGGCCGAAGUGCCGGGCUCGGAGGGCGGCGGUGCCACCGGGGAAAGCGCCUGUCACUUCGAGGGGCAGCAGCGGCUCCGCGGCGCGCACGCCGAGCCCUACGGCGCCUCCCCCGGCUUCGGCAAGGAGCCGGCGCCCCCUGUGGCUGUCUGGAAGGGACAUUCCUUCAACACCAUCUCCGGCCGGGAAGCGGAGAAGUUCAGCGGCAAAGACAGCGGGAAAGGGGACAGUGAUUUCAACGACAGCGAUUCCGACAUCAGCGGGGACGCUCUGAAGAAGGACCUCAUCAACCACAUGCAGAGCGGCUUGUGGGCCUGCACCGCGGAGUGUAAGAUCCUGGGCCACUCUGACCGCUGCUGGAGCCCCUCCUGCGCUGGAGGGCCCAGUACACACGCCUCGACUCACCCCCCAGCCCAGAUGUCAACCUUCUGCAAGAGCACGUCCCUGCCCCGGGAUCCUCUGCGCAGAGACAGUUACUACCAGGCCCAGCUGCCCAAGACCGUGGGACUGCAGAGCGUCUACGAGAAGGUGCUGCACAGAGACUAUGACAGAACAGCCACUCUGCUCUCCCCACCUCGGCCAGGGAGGCUCCCAGACUUGCAGGAGAUCGGGGUGCCCUUGUAUCAGUCCCCCCCUGGCAGGUACCUGUCCCCAAAGAAGGAAGCCAAUGAAAAUGUGUAAACCCAUGCUGCAUGUUGUCACUCAUACACAGGUCACUCCAGAGACGUCCUAAGUUAUUGACCGGUUUCAGUGUUGUAUAUAGAAAUAUGCAAGAUGUGCCUUAAAAUGAAGUUGUUGGAAGCUAUUUCCAAUCACAUUGGUACUGUUUGGUAUUUGCAAACAAAAAUGUAGUUAAUGUAAUUUUUAUGAAAUGUGUGCAGUAUUUAAUUUUUUCUUAUCAUGCUAUUGACUUUCAUUUCCCUUGCGGCUUGCCAUUUUCUUAGUGUUUUUAACCUGUACAUGGUGUAAUGUAAUGUUUGUAUAUAAUGAAAUUUUGUUAUAUUUUUAUAUAAUAAAAGCUAAAGUGGAAGUUAUUGCCAAAGGAACUGUCUGUUAGACAAAAAAAAAAAAAAUAUGUUGGGAUUACUUAAUGGAAAUUUAUCUUUCACCUGAAACAACCUUGUGUUUGAGAAGUUUUGCCUGGCCAAGUAUAACUUGUAUAUCUUGAGUCUGUGGUAGAUUUCAAGUUCAAUUGUUAUUUAAUUACAUUUGGUUUUCUGUAAACCGUGUCACUUAUAAGCACAGUAAUAAAGGAUUUGUCAUGUGUUUGAA